AUGGGCUUCGAGAACAAGCGCAUCGCCAUCGUGGGCGGUGGCCUCGGUGGUAUGUCAUUCCUGAACGCUGCCUUGUACACCGGUCUGAAGAACAUCCAGCUCUACGAGCAGGCGCCACAGUUCUCUGAAGUCGGUGCGGGCGUGAAUAUCACUUCCAAUGCCAACCGAGUUCUCGACGCCUUUGGCCUGCAGGAAAGCAUGACGCGCAAGUCAUCGCGCAAGUUGCCUUGUUAUAUGGAGUAUCACAAUUACAAGACUGGCGAGUACCUGGGUCACAUUGAAGAAUUCUCGCAACCGCCCGCUCGCCUGUUACACCGUGCACACCUGCUGGACUCGCUGAAGGAGCGCGUGCCCGAGUCCUGCCUGAACUUGGGCAAGCAUCUCGCGUCGAUUGAGCGAAAUACUGCGUCUGGGGCUGCGCCGUACACCCUGCGUUUCCAGGAUGGCAGCACCGCUGAUGCGGAUAUCGUUAUUGGUUGCGAUGGUAUCAAGUCUAAUGUGCGUCGGGACAUGGGUCUGGCGGAUACACCAAACUACUCUGGCCAGGUGGUGUACCGUGGUUUCGUCGAUUACAAGGAUCUGCCCGAGGAGACGGCACAGUUGCUUCGGAAGACUGUCAACUUCCGUGGUCCUAAGCGCCAUGUCUUGAUUUUGCCGAUUGGCAAUAAGGAGACUGAGAGCCAUCGCGCGGCCGUUAUUGGGUUUAUGUCUGAGACGCUUGACACCUGGGACUCGGAGAGUUGGAUGUCGCGGUCGGAGAUUUCGAGCUUGCAGGAGCAUGUGCGCGACUGGUGCCCGCAGGUGCAGGAUAUUAUUGAGGGUCUGCGUAAGGGUUCUCCCGAUGGCCGUAUGCUGAAGCAGGCGCUUUAUGUUCGUGAUCCGUUGGAUAAGUGGUACGAGAUGAAGAAUGGUCAGGAGGGUGCGGGUAUCAUUCUGUUGGGUGACUCUGCCCACUCCACUCUUCCUCACCAAGGUCAAGGCACUUGUAUGGCCAUUGAGUCGGGCAUUGCUCUCGCGACUAUCCUCCGUCACUGGAAGAAUGAUGACCUGGAGGCUGCAUUCCAAUUCUACCAGAACUUGCGCAAACCCCGAACAGAUCGCGUCACACAGACUAGCUACGAAGCUGGCAAGUUGGCUAGCUCUGAUUCGCCGGACGCAAUGACUAACAACUUCAAUCCUGAUGCACUGUCUGAGCGGAUGAAGUGGAUUAUGGAGUACAAUGUUCUUGAGGACUUGCGGGUCAAGGGGGCUGAUGUUUUGGAUUUCAAUGAUUCCCGACUGUGA